AUGGGUAAUAGCGAAUCAUCAACAACAGAUGGAGAAGGUGGAAUUCGAAAGCAAAACGAUGAUGUGCAAAAUUAUAAACUUUAUCGCUUUGUUGAUAUGCACGGUGGUGGUGAAUUGAUUCCAUGGAUGCGAUACGCCAAAAAUAGUGGCGAUUACUCAAUUAUUGAUGAAUUUAUUGCGGCAAAGGUUAAAGAAUUCAUGUACAAUUCUGGAAAGGGUAAAAUGGUUGCGGUAUCAGAAUUAGUUAAAAUUCGUAAUAAGGAACGUAAUGCUAUGCUGAGUGCACUGAAACGGAAAAAAGGUAAAGGCAAGAGUGGCCCAAAUAUCCUAGAUAAUUUCAACCAAGAAGGAGAAAAUCAAGGAGAUUUGAAAAAAGCAUUAAAGCUACUAGAAGGUGGCGGUAAAGGUGGAAAAGGUGAUUCAAAAUAUAGAGAAGUUGCAUGGAAACUGGACGAACGAGGAUCUAUGGGUGAAAAUUUAGUGGGAAUUUGUCUAUUGCAAGGAACAGCUGUUCAUAUUCAACUUGCUAUCAAACUCCUGCUUACAUAUCCCAAAAUGGUCAAUGAUAUUUUCAUCAGUGAAGACUAUUACGGUUUGUCACCACUUCAUCAGGCCAUCAUUAAUGAAGAUCCUUGUAUGGUUAAUUUUUUACUUCACCAUGGAGCUGAUAUCCAUCAGCGAUGUUACGGCGCAUCAUUUUGCCCUGAAGACCAGAAAAGCAGCCGAACUGAUUCACUUGAACAUGAAUAUGUUGAGCUAAGCCAGAACACAAAUUAUGUUGGGCGAAUGUACUUUGGGGAAUAUCCGUUAUCAUUUGCUGCAUGUAUGGAUCAAAUGGAUUGCUACAGGCUAUUAAUUGCUAAAGGUGCUGAUCCAAACCACAAGGAUACAAAUGGCAAUACUGUGCUGCAUCUUGCUGUCAUACAUGAGAAAUUUGAAAUGUUGAAGCUAGCAUACGACAUGGGCGCCAGGCUUCAAAUUAUGAAUAAAUGUAAUUUAACGCCAUUAACAUUGGCAGCACAUCUCGCGAAAAAAGAAAUGUUUGAGCAGAUUUUGCGCUUAGAAUCAAAUGUGGUAUGGAUGUACGGUGAUGCGAGUAGUCAUGCAUAUCCUCUCGCUAACAUCGAUACGAUUAAUCAAGAAAGUGGUGAACUUAACGAGGACAGCGCUUUGUCACUAAUUGUUUACGGUGAAACAACAGAACAUUUGGAUUUAUUGGAUGGAUUGAUGGAAGACCUUUUGCAAGCAAAGUGGGAGGCUUUUGGACGAAGAAAGUUCGUAGUUUCUAUGUGUAAUAGAUUAGCUAUUUCAUUUUUUUCAUUUCUCAUAUAUUACGCAUUUGUCUUCAUGUCAUUUAUGUGCCGACCAUUCUCGAUGACUACUCAAGUUCGUUUGGUUGCUGAACCAGCUGUUUUGUUGAUGGCUAUCUUUCAAAUUAUCGCCGACAUUUCUGAUAUUAGAAGUAUUGGUAAAAAACGAUGGUGGCAAGUCCUCAAAUCAUUUCCCGCAAAGAUCGCUUAUAAGAUAUCAUUUUUAUUUGUUAUAUUGAUAUUGCCGAUGCGUUUGGCUUGUUCAUUAAGCGAAACUUUUCUUUUGUUCGAUAAUAUCCUCUCACUGAUGACCGUCUUAUUCACUGGGGUUCACUUCCUGUUUUAUUCAAGAGCUCUCAAAUUCAUUGGUCCUUUUGUCUUAAUGAUAUACACAAUACUUUCACGAGAUCUUAGCCGAUUUUUUAUGAUUUAUUCGAUCUUUUUAAUCGGUUUCUCUCAAGCUUUUUACAUAAUAUUUAUGUCGUGUGCCCGAGCUGAAGCUGCAAAUAAAAAUGUGCCUGUCAGCAAUGUGACAAAUAUUAUCGAUAAUCCAGCGGAAUCGAUGAUGCGAUUGUUCAUUAUGACCAUAGGUGAAUUCACGAUUUUUUACCGUUCUCUGAAUUUUUGCGAAAAUGUUACAAUGCGUGAUACUGGCAAGUUUCUCUUUAUCAUAUAUGAACUUUUCGUAAGCGUUAUGCAGUUCAACCUUUUGAUUGCAAUGAUGACACGUACAUAUGAACGAAUAUCGAGAACACAGAAAGAAUGGAAACGACAGUGGGCACAAGUGAUUUUGAUGCUGGAGCUAUCGUUGAAACCAAAGGAACGUCUCAUAGCACUUCUGAAAUAUUCCAGACCUGUUGGUACCGAUAAACGGAAAAGGGCAUUCGUGGUGGCUCGAAAGAUUACUAGUGACUCCAUAACUCAAGCCGAAAAACAAAUGAGGGAACAACAAAUGAGAAAAAUGAGGGAAGAUAAACGAACACUUUUAAAACGUCGCAUUAAGGACCUAACAAACAUGGCACAAAAUGACCCAAACAAGACUCGACCCUUAACUUCGUACAUCAGAAAUGCGUUAGCUUCACGCGAUGCAUCGAAAUAA